AGAGUGUGGCAGUCUGCACUCUGACCAAAACACAGCGCUAUCCAAAAACAACGCCCGUCAAAAAUGAUGCGUUUGUUAGCAUCUGCCGCCGUUGCUGCGCAUAGUAGCGAAUUGGCAAUAAACAGCAUCAUCAAAACAACAUCACGAUCCUGCUUCCACCCGCUGUUGGUAGGUUUUCCGGCACGUUCGAUGUGCAGUGCCGCACCGGGCGCUAAGGAACGCCGAAUGCAAAUCGGCCCACACUCCGUGCACUUUGUCGAGGCUGGUCAUGGAGACCGCGGCGUCAUACUGCUGCCCGGUGCGCUCGGUACCGCUUGGACGGAUUUCAAACCGCAAAUCGAGGGGUUGCCAGCGUUGCUUCCGCACCAUCGCGUGAUUGCCUGGGAUCCACCCGGAUAUGGUAAAUCACGCCCGCCGGAGAAGGAAUUCACGGUGGACUUUUUCGAGCGAGACGCAGCAGCUGCCAGUGAGCUGAUGCAGAAACUAGGCAUCCAAAGGUACAGCAUCGUUGGUUGGAGUGAUGGUGGUAUUACCGGACUGGUGAUGGCCGCCAACAAGCCGGACCAUGUAGACAAGCUGGUCGUUUGGGGUUCAAACUCGUACAUAUCGGAUACGGAAGUAAAAAUUUAUGAAGGUAUUCGUGACGUUCAAAAAUGGUCAGCAAGAAUGCGGGAACCGAUGGAGCAAGUUUACGGUGUAGAUCACUUUCCCAAGCUGUGGUCGGCCUGGGUGGAUGGAUUGUUGCGUAUUUAUCACGAACGCAACGGGGACAUUUGUUCCGGGAAGCUAAAACAUAUCAAAGCUCCCACGCUGGUCGUCCACGGAGCAAAGGAUCCGAUGAUCAUUCCCGAUCAUGUGCCUUAUCUACUGAAUAACAUCAGCAAUACUGACCUACAUGUGUUUCCCGAUGGUAAACACAACAUACAUCUUCGCUAUGCAAAGGAAUUUAACACCAUAGUGGCCAAAUUUCUUCUGGGUUAG